AUCCCUGGCCUCGGGAAAAGGAUUGGCUCUGAGGGCUGGGCCCGGGGGUCCCUGUCUCGAACCCGUCGGCGGACUGCUCGAGCUGCUUCCGCGGCGAGAUCAGGUCGCCGCUCGCCGGCCGGGGGACAGACUGGGAACGACCUUCUCGGGGGCCUUCCCCGAGCGUCGAACAACCAACUUAAAACUGGUACGGACAAGGGGAAUCCGACGGUUAAUUAA